GUGUGAUAGGCAAUGCUAGCGCGGCGCUCAGCAGCUGCUGCUGCUCGUGCCCGGCCACAAACGUUAUCCUCCUAGAUAUGGCCAGAGUUUUUGCAGCCAAGAAGAGGGCCGGCCGACCGCCCCCCACCCCACGUAUUAACAAAACGCCUCCCGAAGCAGACAGAGCCUCACUCCGCGCGCCCGCGCAGCGAAGCUGGAGGGAGCAUGGAGCUGAGGCCGCCGCGCCUGCGACCGUGAGCACGCUCUGUAGCCAGCCGGGUCCGGCUGGGCGGCCAUGGCAGCCACCGUUCUCUUCACUCCGGCGCAGUGCCACCGCGCCACCGCGACGACGAGCGGGCGGGGAGCCCCCUCGCAUUGCGCCCUGGCCCCUGGGCACCGGCGCCCGGGGCGGGGAUCGGUGAGGGCGGUGCCUCCCGAGCAGAGCAGCUUGCCUCAGGCGGCGGCGGCUGCUGUCUACGGGACUGCUGGCGACGUCAAGGCCGCGCUGUACCGAGCGCUGGACGGCGCCAACAGGGGGAUAUUCGGGAUGACGUCCGCCAAGCGCUCGGAGAUCCAUGGCCUGGUGGAGCUGCUCGAGUCCAGGAACCCCACGCCGGAGCCCACCGCCAAGCUGCAGGACAAGGUGGAUGGAUGCUGGAAGCUCAUCUACAGCACGAUCUCCAUACUGGGGAAGAAGAGGACCAAGUUAGGGCUGCGAGAUUUCAUCAGCCUAGGGGACUUCCUCCAGAUAAUUGACGUCAAACAGGAAAAGGCGGUGAAUGUGGUAGAGUUCAGCGCGAGAGCACUGAAGAUACUGACGGGGAAGCUCACCAUCGAGGCUUCGUACAGAGUUACCAGCCAAACACUUUCUUGUUUUCAGAGAGUGGAUAUCAAGCUCGAGAGCUCAACCAUCACCCCUGAGCAGCUGAUGAACAUAUUUCAGAAGAACUACGACAUGCUCCUGGACAUAUUCAAUCCAGAGGGCUGGCUGGAGAUAACAUAUGUUGAUGAAUCGCUACGGAUUGGACGAGACGACAAAGAAAACAUAUUCGUGCUGGAGAGAGCAGACCUGCCAGACGUCUGAUGACGCGCAGUUCAUGCGCACAGGCGAUCCGUAAUUUUGUGACGAGGAGCGAGUGUAUGUAACACGCAGAAAACAUAGCCUGCAAAUAUAUAAAUAUGGUAUAUCCGACAGCUAGGACUCUUGCAUGGUUAUUGGCAGUUCGAUGCAGACAAUCUACCACUCGAAGUAAAAACAAACAAAAAAAAACUUUUCUUCUCGAAUAAAGUAGGUAUGUAUACGCACAGGCACAGGCCGUUCUUCUUCA